AUGAAGCGCUGUAUUAGAAAAACACCAAAUUGGGCUAAGCUGUAUAAUGUUCGACAGGAAAAGAGUGAGAAUCCAGUUGCCUUUUAUGAACGUCUGUGUAACACUUGUAAGAAAUACACAGACCUUGAUCCGGACAGUGCCAAUGGAAAGCAGGUGUUGAUUCCCCUCUUCAUUGGACAAUCUUAUGAGGACAUCAGGAAAAAGUUGCAAAAAUUGGAGGGGGCAUCGGGUAAAAAUAUAAGGGAGCUUUUAGAGAUUGCAAUGAAGGUUUAUGAUCGCAGAGACGAUGAGGAACGAAAGAAAGGGGCCCGCAUUUUGGCACUGGCCCUAAGGGAGGGAAAUGAGGAGAAGGGGGGCAAGGCUAAAGGACGACCAGGGCCACCGAGUAAGAGUAGGGGAAAGGGUCCCCGUUUAGGGCGAAAUCAAUGUGCUAUCUGUAAGGAGGAGGGACAUUGGAAAAACGAAUGCCCCCGGCGACAUGCCAAAGGAAAAGAGUGCACGGACAGGGGGGGCCGGGGGACCCAGCGGCCCCUCCUGGCAGCACAAGCUGCCAGCUUGGAUCCCACGGUAAAAAUUAAAGUGGAGGGGGGCCGCCCAAUUGAAGCCCUAAUCGAUACUGGGGCUACCCUUAGUCUACUCCCCCUCAAUAAGGCUCCCCGGGGUAGAACACAGGGAAGUGCAAUUGUUCAAGGGAUUGAGGGGCAGAUCACAGUUUUGGAAAAAACUCUCCCUCUCCUAGUAAAAGUCGGGGAUCAACAAAUCUCUCACCAGUUUGUUUGCAGUCCCUCUUGCCCCAUAGCAUUGCUCGGACGAGACAUCCUCACUAAAUUACAGGCGGAGAUCUCGUUCGAGAACGGGAAAAUGGAAGUUAGAAUCCCGAAACAACAAACCUCUAACUACCAGAUGGCUCUCAUAAGUGCUGGAAAUCACUCCUCGGAAUGUCAGGAGAGUGGCGAGAGCCAGCUGCCAGGGGUUAACGCUGAAGUUUGGGCGGAGGGAGGAGGGGCUGCCCGAGCUAAGAAUGCUACCCCAGUCCAUAUCUCCCUUAAGGCGGGAAGUAGCCCGGCCCGAAUUCGACAAUACCCCCUUAAGUUAACCAUUCGGAUCGGGCUGAAACCUCUGAUUCAAAAAUUCCUGCAGUGUGGAUGGCUAAGGGAAGGCACAUCCCCAUACAAUACUCCGAUAAUGGGAGUGCCUAAGCCUAAUGGACAGUAUCGAUUGGUCCAGGACCUGAGACAGAUUAACAAACUAAUAGAAGCCCCCUACCCAGUUGUCCCAAAUCCCCAUACGAUUUUAGGUCAAGUACCCAAAAACCACGGCUGGUUCUCGGUAAUAGAUUUAAAAGACGCCUUCUUUUCCAUUCCCCUUGAUUUAGAAUCUCAAAAGUUGUUUGCUUUUGAAUGGGAGGAUCCGGACACCCACUACAAGGCCCAAUAUCUCUGGACCGUUGUCCCACAGGGGCUUACCUGCGCGCCUGAGAUUUUUGGCAGCCAGCUAAAAAGGGAUCUGGCCCCAUUCCUAGCUAACCACCCUGCAUGUAACAUAGUCCAGUAUUGUGAUGAUCUGCUCUUAAGUACUGAGACGGGAGCAGCCUGCAAGGAGCACACUGUAGAGCUCCUUAAUUACCUUGGGGAACAAGGAUAUAAAGUUUCAAAGGAGAAAGCUCAAUUGGUUAAGCAGCAGGUUACCUUCCUUGGGUAUCACCUCUGCCAAGGGAGUCGCAGUUUGGGGAAAGAAAGGAUCCAGGUUAUACUUGAUAGCCCUCAGCCCCGGAAUCCCCGAGAAUUAAGGGCAUUUCUGGGACUGACUGGCUUUUGUCGGCUUUGGAUCCCUGACUAUGGGGGAAAAGCCAAACCAUUAUAUGAGUCCCUGACUAAGGAAGGUUUGCUUCACUGGAUAUGGACCAAGGAAAUGGAAAAAGCAUUUCGAGAGCUUAAAGAAGCCUUGGUUCAGCCUCCAGUUCUAGCCCUCCCAGAUUCCCGAAAGCCAUUCACCCUAUACGUUCAUGAAAGGGGAGGGGUGGCAGCUGGAGUCCUGUGCCAGAGGUCAGGGCCAACCUGGCGACCCAUUGGGUACUAUUCAAAAGUCUUGGACCCCGUCGCCAAGGGAUGGCCUGCCUGUUUGCGGGCCGUGGCAGCGACCGCCCUCCUCGUUCAGGAAGCCGAAUAAUUAACCCUGGGUGGAGAUACUGAGGUUGUGGUCCCCCACGGGGUGCCUCAAAUACUGGGAACUGGUGCGGGGGAAAAGCAUCUAAACCCCAGUCGACAUACUAGAUAUGAGGUGGGGCUCCUGUUGGCCCCCAAUCUGACCUUUAAGACAGUCAGCUCCCUUAACCCAGCCACCCUACUGCCCGAUCCCCAGGCCUCCCCUGAGGCCGGUCCUAUUCAUGACUGUAUUGAAGUCUUACAACAAGAGACCAAACCCCGAUCUGAUCUCUCAGACCUGCCCUGGCCCAACCCCGAUGUUGAGGGAUAUGUCGAUGGGUCUAGUUAUGUGGUAAAUGGCAAGCGAUUUACUGGGGCGGCAGUGGUGAUUAAGGAUAACGGGAUACACAAAUUUAAACUCAGCCCCAACUUAUCUGCUCAGGCAGCGGAACUAGUGGCUCUCAUUGAGGCUCUCCGCUUGGGAGCGGGGAAAACCCUUAACUUGUAUACUGACAGUCGGUAUGCCUACAUGGUAGUGCAUGCACAUGGGACCCUGUGGAGAGAAAGAGGAUUCAUUACGGCCUCAGGCCAAAAGAUUGCACAUGGGAGCCUCAUUAAAACGUUGCUCGAGGCCCUAAUGCUCCCUCUCCGGGUUGCCGUGAUACAUGUGCGUGCCCAUGGGAAAGCCCCAGAGGCCGAACAGCGGAGGUAUAACCAGCUAGCUGAUCGGGCCGCGAAGGAGGCCGCCCGAGACGGGGCCUUAUGGCUUCUCAUGGUUCAGGAUACCGAGGCUAAAACCCCUCCUCCCCAAUACACGGCCGAGGAGAUAGGUCAAGCCCAGGCUGCGGGAGGCCGGCAGGUUUCCUCUGGAGGGUGGAGACUGCCUGGGGGAGAGGUUUUUGUCCCCAGGCCAGUACUCCAGGAAAUCUUCCGGCUCUUGCAUAAAGAGGGACAUUUGGGGUCUGGGGCAAUGGUUGAUUUGGCCGCCAGAUCCCUGAAGGGACUAGGUAUGCACAUGGAAGCCCAAAGAAUUGUUAGUAAUUGUGCCAUCUGUCAGCAAACAAACCAGAAGGGAUGUGGCCCUCCUGCCCCGAUGGGAGGCCGACCAUGGGCUAUGUUCCCUUUUCAAAGGUGGCAAGUGGACUUCGCUGAGGUGCCCCCUUGCAGGGGCUAUAAAUACCUGCUUGUUUUUGUCGAUCAACUUACCGGAUGGGUGGAAUGUUACCCCAGCCGGCAUUGUCAGGCCCGGGCUGUCACCAAAGCCCUGUUACAGGAGAUACUCCCUCGCUUCCAUCUCCCCGAGGUAAUUGAAUCUGAUAGGGGAAGCCACUUUGUUUCACAAGUGGUCCAGCAGGUGUCCCAGGCUCUCGGCAUACAAUGGAAACUACAUACACCCUGGAGGCCGCAGAGCUCGGGUCAAGUAGAAAGGAUGAAUAGAACUCUCAAGGAUACUCUUACUAAAAUAUGCACAGAAUCUAACUUAAAGUGGCUCGAUGCUUUGCCACUCGCCCUCACCCGCAUUCGGAGGGCCCCGCGAAAGGGUCUUAAACUUUCACCCUUUGAGCUGGUCUUUGGAUUUCCUCCCCGAGUACUUAUCCCAGGGUUCCGGGAGGACGUAACCUGGGAAGUGGGAAAUGACUUACUAUGGAAACAGGUUUCCGGGUUGCAAUCUGUUUUGUUACAGCUGCAUCGAUACGCGGCGCCUUUCCAGGCCCUUCCCUUGGACCAGACCGUGCAUCCAUUCCGGAUCGGUGACCAGGUCCUUAUCAAAAAGUGGAAGCGCGACCCUCUCACGCCGAGGUGGGACGGUCCACACACUGUUUCGCUCAUCAGCCAAGCCGCGGUUAAAGUCCUCGGGAGCGACAAAUGGACACACCACACACGGGUUAAGCGGUUCCUGAACCCGAACCUGGAAGCCGACUCAACAGAAGAGGACAUCAGCCCUCUGUCCGCCCCUGCCCGAGGCCCGGGGUGGCACGGGCGAAGACACCGUCUGGGAAUAUCAAGGACUAGACGGACUAAAAGGAUUGUUUAA